GGCGGGGAGGAUCUCUGGGUGAAAACAACGGGGCCGAGGGUGUUAAGUUUUAGCCCCGGGAGCCCCGGACUGCUACAACGCGGACAGCAGCCAGCCGCGGGCAGGAAGGGGAGGACCCGAUCGGGCAAGGGGGAGCCCCCGCGCGGGCUUGGGGCUGGGUCGGAAAAGCUGCCUCACUGGCGCGCCCUCCGGCCCCUCCGCUCCUUCCCUCCCUCCCAGAGCGCCCCGCCCGGGCCUCCCUUCUAGUCUCCGCUGCGCGCUCCCCGAGUCAGCGUUUGCAGCGGCCUUGCCAUGUCUCAGCCGGGCCACAAGCCCGCCGCCUCCCCGCGGCCCCCGCGCGCUGCAGCGGCCCGCCAUACCCAGGAGCAUGUCAGUGGAAAAACCAGUGGAUCACCUUCCAAGUCAGGAGAAAAGAAAGGAUCAGAUGAGAAAAAAGCAACAAGCCUCGAGAGCAGUCAGCCUUCCAGAACCCUUGCUGGUGGAACAGCCCUGGCCACCAAGGCAUCAGCUUCUUCUGCUUCCACCAGCAAGUCUGCCAGUAUGAAUCCCACGGAAGCGAAGGCUGUUCCAAUCAGCAAACAGACGGAACGACAGCAUUCUCCUAACAAGAAAAGACACAAAAAACAGGCUGCAAAAACAGAACCUGAGAAGAAGUCACAGUCAACUAAGCCAUCUGUGGUUCAUGAGAAAAAAACCCGAGAAGUAAAGCCAAAGGAACACAAAGAGCCAAAGAGCCUACCCAAGCAUGCAUCAGAUACAGAAAGCAAGCAUGUUCAUAAGGAAAAAGCGGUGUCCAGAUCAAGUGAGCAGCUGACGUCAGAGAAAUCAACAAAACCAAAGACUAAAUCACAGGAUGCAGUUUCUGCCGGCGGGGAGGGUGUCGUUGCUGGGGUGUCUGCAGCAUCUGCCACCCCUGCUAAACAGAAAAAAGAAAAGAAAUCAUUAACGUCGGCUGUACCAGUUGAAUCCAAACCGGGUAAACCAUCUGGAAAGUCAGACAUGGACUCUGCUUUGGAUGACUUAGUAGACACCCUAGGAGGAUCUGAAGAAACUGAAGAAGAUAACACAGUGUAUACUGGACCUGAAAUUUCAGAUCCAAUGACAUCUACCUACAUAGAGGAAUUAGGUAAAAGAGAAGUCACGCUUCCUCCAAAAUACAGGGAACUUUUGGCAAAACAAGAAGGUAUCACAGAGCCUCCUUCAGACUCUUCGAAACCCAUGGGGCCCAGUGAUGCCAUAGAUGCUUUGUCGUCUGACUUCACCUGCACUUCUCCUACCCCUGGUGGAAAGAAAACUAAGGAAGAGAAAUCCACAGAAGAGAUUUUAAAAGCUCAGCCAGCCACGGUAAUCAAAAGUGCUGCUUCACCCCAAGAGAAGAAAAGAAAGGUGGAGGAGCAGGACACGAUGAGCGAUCAAGCACUGGAGGCUCUUUCAGCUUCACUGGGCAGCCGGAAGCCAGAACCUGAGUUCGACCUCAGCUCUGUUAAGGAAGUCGACGAGGCAAAAGCCAAAGAAGAGAAACUAAAGAAGUGUGGUGAAGAUGAGGAAACCAUCCCGUCAGAGUACAGAUUAAAAGCAGCCACGGAUAAAGAUGGAAAACCACUAUUGCCAGAGCAUGAAGAAAAAUCCAAGCCCCUGAGUGAAUCAGAACUCAUUGAUGAACUUUCAGAAGAUUUUAACCAGCCUAAAAGUAAAGGAAAACAAUCUAAGCCAUCUGAAAAAACAGAAGAGUCUCAGGCUGCUGCCCUAACUCCCGUGAGUGAGGCCGUGCCUCGGACUUCCAUGUGUCGUAUACAGUCGGCGCCACCCAAGCCACCCACCUCAAAAGGCAUGGUGCCAGAUGAUGCGGUAGAAGACUUGGCUGGCAGCCUGGGGAAGAAAGAAGCAGACCAAGAAGAUGUGAAGCCCGUGGCGGAUAAAGUGAAGGAGAAAGCCAAAGAAGAGGAUCGUGAAAAACUUGGUGAAAAAGAAGAAACCAUUCCUCCUGAUUAUAGACUAGAAGAGGUCAAGGAUAAAGAUGGAAAACCACUCCUGACAAAAGUGUCCAAGGAAUCGCUUCCACCCAUGAGUGAAGACUUCCUUCUUGAUGCUUUGUCUAAGGACUUCGCUGGUUCCCCAAACUCUGCAUCUCUUAAAUUUGAAGACGCUAACCUUCCUGCUGUCAUCUCUGAAGUGGUCUCCCAAACCCCAGCUCCCACCACGCACGCCGCCGGCCCACCCCCUGACACUGUGCAGAGUGACAACAAAGAACUGGACGAUGCGUUGGAUCAACUUUCUGACAGUCUAGGACAAAGGCAGCCUGAUCCAGAUGACAACAAACCAAUAGAGGAUAAGGUCAAGGAAAGAGCUAAAGCCGAACACAGAGACAAGCUGGGAGAAAGAGAUGACACCAUCCCCCCUGAAUAUAGACACCUCUUGGAUAAUGAUGAGGAGGGCAAACCAGCAAAGCCACCUGCAAAGAAACCCAAGGACUCAAAGAAACCUGAAGAUGACAAAGACCCCAUCGAUGCCCUGUCAGGCGAUUUUGACAGCUGUCCUGCACCCACAGGAGCCUCAGAGAACACAGCAGAGGACAAAGUCAAGAGAACUGCUCCCAGCACCAAAGCAGCCAAGAAUGGAGGUAAAGCAAAGGAGUCCGCCAAGGCAAAAGAGGAAACUUCCAAGCUAAAAGCUGAUGGAAAAAAUACAAGUUAAAGUUCACACUAUUUGGUAUCUGCCUAUAAAAUCUUCAGCAGGUGGAUGGUGACUUUUGAAGGACUUUUGAGUGACUUUGAACAACAGCAAAUUUUUCUGGGUGGCUUCUAGACAGUGUUACUUGUCGAAUCUUGACAUCCUAAACAUUGGUUAUUCUUUCCCCAGAAAGAAAAUGAAUUUGUGUGGUUCAUCUGUGUUAUUGUACUGAGUGUUGAUAAACUUUGAAUUUUUAAAAAAUGCCUUCAGUUGGGAGAGACAGGAACUUUAUAUUUCUAUGAGAUAUAUUUGAUAGUUUCUUAAAGCAACACAUGAAAAAAGAAAAAACCUUUGCAAACUUUUGCACAUUCUACACACAGUGCCUGUAAAUCUCAUUCGUAUUUUCAGUUAGCACUUAAUUCUUUUGUUGUGGUUAGCAUUUGGAAAACAAUGCUUUGAACAUGUUGAAUGUCCUCAUUUCUCAUGAUCCAUUUCCUCUUGGGCUUUGGAACUGUACUUGAGAUUUCUUUGGGUUAAUGUUUAUAAGUCAAACCUAAAAUAUUGUACAUUGGGCACAUUAUCUCCUCUUGGGCUGCUAAUAAACUAAUAGAUGGCCUGGACAGACCAGGACACGCUGCACCCAGGACUCUUUUUUGCCAGUGGUUAGGACUUCUGCACCUUAGAGCCAGCACAAAAGAUACUGAGACUUGAAUCAAGUCAGAAGAGCAGAAUGCAUUCUGUGUCACCACAUAACAAGUUCCAAGAAUAGUAAAAUCUAAUCCUUAGAAUAUGCACAGGCCUUGAACGCACUUGGGUUACUGUGUUAAGCUAUGCUUUCCAUUUCUGAUACGUGUAACCGAAACAGCCGAUCACUCGCUUAGAGCCAUUGCCCUGUUUGUUAGUCCGUGCACUGUAUCCCGUCUGGCUUCAGGGAAGCUGGGUUUACCAAAUACAAAAACUUCGACUUGAAAGAAAAAUAAAAAAGCCAUCCAGAAUUUAAAAACCUGUUUACCCCCACAGCAAUUCAAGAACUAGAUUCUGAGAUCCUACGACUUUGAAUGCUUUCUCAGAUCUUUUGGAAUGCAUUGUUUAUGAACAUAGCACUGAUAUCCUUGAGGGGAGUCUGAUAAAUACUUAAUUUCAUCCUUAUUUCUUGGUACUGAAUGCAGGAAAAGAUAAUCAGGUCCAUGUCAUCAAACUGAUUUGCAGUUUGUUUCAGAGAGUACAGCCUUCCCUAGCAGGUAUUCUAAGUUUUUAUAAGAACUGGACUGACUUCACUAAAACUAAGUAUCACCAAUACUGUCUAAGGGUGGGGGAGGACAAAAAAAAGAGGACAGUUGCUUAUAAUGGGGCAUAAAAUUAAUUCUUUAAAACUUCUCUUUAAAAAACAUGCACAUACCUAUAGAAUUUCAAACUUCACCCACUUUAAAUGCUGUGUAUCUAUCCCAUGAGAGAUGCGGGCAUUAUCCUUUUAUUCUAAAUCUGGGAAAUAAAAGCCGGUGUUAGGGUGACUAAACAUAACGAGAACAUAAAAAAACACUGUUCCUCUAGGAUUUAACUAUUUCUCUUUCUUCUAAUUAUAUAGUAUUAAGUUGGGGUUUUUUUUUUUUUUUAAGUGAAACUAUCGGCAUUGACAGUGUGCAGGGAAGCGGCUGCAGUAUUACUGAUUUCCAUGCAUAUAUACAAGUACUUUUAAAUCCAAAGAUUUAAGGCAUGCUUGUAAUAGUAAAUGUAAAAGGCACUCUGCAUAUGCCUUUUUGUGAAUGAGAAAGGUCUUCAAGACUUGGCGAUGACUAGACCACACUACAGAAUUGGAGUCCUCUUGAAACCUAGCUCAUGAGGAGGAAAUCAUUGCAAAUGUCUGCUUAGAGGCCAAGAAAACAAUCUUUAGUACAAAAAAAAAAAAAAGUGCACAUUGUUGUAACAAUAUUGUAUCUAUUCAGAAAAUGGGACUUCGCCAACUAAAGCAAAUUAAAAUAGGUUCCACAGGUGA